AUGACGUCCGUGCGCAGCUCCGCCGCGUCGCUAGCCCCGUCGAUCCGCGGGGCGGCGGAGCUGGUCCGCCAGGAGGCGCUCCGGCGCGAGCUGGACGGGUGCCAGCUGCUGGCGGGCAUCUGGUGCCACGGGUUCACGGUGGCGCAGCUGCGGAGCAUCCGCGCGUCGCUGCCCUCCACGGCGCGGCUGGUGGUGACCAAGAACUCGGACAUGGCGGCGGCCGUGGCGGGCACCCGGUGGGAGGCGCUCAGGCCCUGCGCGCGGGGCAUGAACGCGUGGCUCUUCGUGCGCUCCGACGAGAUCCCGCCCGCGCUCAAGCCCUACCGCGACUUCCAGAAGGAGUGGAAGCUGCAGCUCAACGACUUCACCGGCGCCGUCUAUGAGGGCCGACUCUACGGGCCCGAUGACUUCGCGCAGCUCGAGGCCAUGCCCACCAGGGUGCAGUCCUACCAGUACCUCCUCGGAUGCCUGCAGAUGCCCGCCGUCAACGUCCUCGCCGUCCUGCGAGCGCGGCAGGAGGCGCUUGCAGCGGAGGCCGACAAGCCGCCCGCCGAGGGAGAGGCGGCCGCGACGGCACCGGCGACGGCGAAGGCUGAGGAGAAGUGA